CAUACUCGACGCACGUCCAACUUCGGCUCCGUGGCCGAAGGCCACCAUCACCACCACCAUCACCAUCAUCGAUUCUAUUUUUCUUAUAUCUUUCUUUUAUUUUUUUCUUUCCCUCCCCCCCCCCAGCCGCCCUUUUUGUCCCCCUUUUACUCACUCCUUUUCUACCUUUAUCAUUUCUUUCAUAAAUCGCGAAUAAAUUAUUUAAUUUUUUAGUUCGAGAUUAUUUAAAUUAUUCUCUUCGAACAAGGACGAGGAAUUCGAACCGUGUGUUGUAGGAAUAAAAAGAAAAAAGAAAAGAAAAAACACGGAGGGGGGGGGGACAGGAUGGUGUAUUAAAUAUCGAUCGAUAUAAUAUUUUUAUUUGAAAAAUAUAUUUUCUAGGAUAAAAUAAAAUAUCAAGGAGAAGGAAGAAAUAUGACAUCGGAGCGGUUUCACAAGGCUGCACGAGAUGGUGCAUUGGAAAUUUUGAAGGAAGCAACGAAGAAGGACUGCAACACGCGAGACGAAGGUGGAAUGACCCCAACGUUAUGGGCAGCCUUCGAAGGUCACAUAGAUGCCCUGAGACUGCUCGUCGCCAGAGGGGGUGACCCGGACAAAAGCGAUUAUUUCGGUAAUACAGCCCUUCAUCUAGCAGCAGCAAGGGGUCACGAAUAUUGCGUCAAAUUUCUCGUCAAAUUUGGUUGCAACAUUUGGUCAUUGGACAUAGACAGACAUUCUGCUAGAGAAUUAGCCGCGAUCAAUGGUAGAGAAAGGAUAUUGCAAUUUUUAGAUUUGGCACAAUCCGAUCAGGAAUUGAAUAAUCGAAAAAAGAGUCGAUUAUUAAGGGAAAAGGCUGAAAAGGAUGCCGAAAAAAGGUUGAAGGAAUACAUGAAGAAACAAAAGAUGGCCGAGGUAAAAGCAGAAAAGGUACAAAAGAAAUUGUUGAAGGAUCGAUCGAAAUCCGAUCUGGAUACUUUACACGAGACCAAUAUUCUAGCUCAUAGACCUGCGUUAAUGACUUUUAAAGGUCGAAUCAAACCGUCACCAACAUUUAGCGAUAUAGUUGGUACUACUACGAAGAAACAUGGCAGUGCUGUUUGUAGAAAAGCUUUGGCCAAAAAGGCUGUAGAUGAUUUCAAAAUAAUCGAAAUCGAAGUAGACGGUAGGAAAUCUGUACGUAGUUUGACUGGUCUUAGAAGGGAUUCCGAAAUAAUGUACGUGGGAACUUACGAAUCACAAGCUCAACAGAUUGGAAGAAGAGGAAAGAUAGCAGAUGUUUGGGGUACUUUAAGCAAGGCUCAAAGUACACCGGAUCUUUUAGGUGAUCGUUCAUGUGACGAGGAAGACGAGGAUGAAGAUGGGCAAGAUGAGGAACGAUCUAAUAAUAAGAUUGUCAGAGAUAUUGGACUCCUUCGUGAACAAGGCAGUAUCUUUGAUCGACCUGGUUUUGGAUCGGUGGCAUUCAGAAGACCGAUAACAGCAACGCUCGACAAUUUGCCGGUCACGCAAACAGACGUUCAUUUGCAGAACGGUAAUGGUUCGUGCGUGAAUGGUUCGAUAAAUGGUUCUACGAAUGGUCACAGGAUUGUUGCAAAUGGCCAAAACGAGGAGAUUAGUAUAGGAAGUGCGGGUAGCUUAGCACGUAGGCAAAGUAUGUGGGACGAUGAAUUGCUUUCGGAAGAUGACGAGACGGACGAGGAAUGGACACCCCUGCAAAGAUUUUUAGUUGCAAAUAAUUUAUCAUCAAUACACACGAUCUUAGAAGCCGAACAAAUUGAUUUGGAAGCAUUGAUGUUACUCACCGAUGCGGACAUAGCAGCCCUCAAACUUCCGCUUGGACCUAGGAGAAAGUUAACUAAUGCUAUAGCUAACCGGAAAAAGGCAUUUGACGCAUCAGAGAACGUCAUCAAGGACAGUAUACUAUGAAGAAUUAUUACUUUUGUUUGUACAUUUUAAUUUUCUAUGUCCUCGUCUCCUUAUUCUUCUUCUUCUUCUUUUUCGUUGAAAAAGAAAAUGAAAGCCUUGUCUAAUUGUAAGUUUCAUCGAUUUACGAAUUAUAUUAUAAAUUAAAAUGUGCCUUAGAUAGA